AAGUGGUCUGCAAAGUAAAUAUUUUACUUGUUCGGCGAAUAUAAGACGGCAGUUUUUUUUGUUUGACUUGUAAUAUUUUUAUGUAAGAGUAAAAGUGAGCAGUUCAUAAACGUCUGACUGAAACACAGGCCGUGACCUUUUACCUCUGGCUGUGUUUUCUUGUUUUUUCAGCAGUAAUGGACGGAAGACAUGACCGAGCUGGAUGUAGCAGACACCGCAGGCCGUGUGGAUGUAAAGAAGCUGCGUGACCUCUCAGGGCGGAUGGAAGCAGCAGGGUCCGUAGGUGCAGAGCUGUGGCUUUAGGGCUGCCGCCCUGCCCUGACCAGCACCAUGCAGCAGAAAGGUGCCAUCCAGAUUAUCGAAUGGGAGGACCUGGACAAGAGGAAGUUCUACUCCCUGGGCGUGUUGAUGACCUUGACCACACGGGCCACCGUCUACCCCUUCAGUCUGAUCCGUACCCGUCUGCAGGUGCAGAAGGGAAAAGCCCUGUACUCUGGCACCUUCGACGCCUUCUGCAAGAUCCUGCGAAGGGAAGGCAUGAGGGGUCUCUACCGCGGCUUCAUGAUCAACACGUUCACCCUGGUGUCGGGUCAGGCGUACAUCACCACCUACGAGCUGGUGCGCAGGCACGUGUCCUCCUACACGCCCAGCAACACGGUGAAGUCUGUGGUGGCAGGAGGGGCGGCGUCCCUGGUGGCUCAGACCAUCACCGUGCCCAUAGACGUGGUGUCCCAGCACCUGAUGAUGCAAGGACAAGGGGAGCACAUGUCGCGCUUCAAAGUCAAACCCAAAAUUAUGCUCGUCGCGACCAAGCGCAGGCCGACUUUUGGGCACACGCGGGACAUCACUGUGCAGAUAUUUGCAGCGGACGGUUUCAGGGGAUUUUACCGGGGCUACGUGGCGUCGCUGCUCACGUACAUACCCAACAGCGCUCUCUGGUGGCCUUUUUAUCAUUUUUAUGCAGAACAGCUGUCUUUAUUAGCACCAAGUCAGUGUCCCCACCUGAUGCUGCAGGCUGUGGCGGGACCGAUGGCGGCAGCAACCGCUUCCACCAUCACAAACCCCAUGGAUGUCGUUCGUGCAAGAGUUCAAGUGGAGGGACAGUCGUCCGUCAUCGAGACGUUCAAGCAGCUGCUGGCAGAGGAGGGCGUCUGGGUGAUGACCAAAGGGCUGUCGGCCCGCAUCAUGUCCGCCACGCCCACCUCCGUGCUCAUCGUGGUGGGAUACGAGACUCUGAAGAGGCUGAGCCUGCGGGCCGAGCUGAUCGAGUCCAGACACUGGUGAAAGACGGGAAGAGGGGGACCAGGACUGCAGGACAGAGACCAGAUGUGUCUCCUGUUUGUCACU